GGGGCGUGGCGCUUCUGAUUGGCACGUCCCUCUGCCUGUGGCCGAAGAGCUGCUGGCGGAAGGGGUGGGCGGAUCCGGAAGCGGAACGGGUAAAGGCGGAAGUGAGGGCCGGGGCCUGCGAGACUCACCUGCGGCGGGGGGAGCGGCGCUCCGGGCGUUGCAACCUGCCUCCGGGUGGAUCCCAGCGCAGAGCCUGCAGCAUCCUCCGCGCUUGGCGCUCCCGCGCUUAGGCCACGAUGGCAGGUCGAGGUGGAGCUGCCCGACCGAACGGACCAGCUGCUGGAAACAAAAUCUGCCAGUUUAAACUCGUUCUCCUGGGAGAGUCGGCGGUGGGGAAGUCCAGCCUUGUCCUGCGCUUCGUCAAGGGGCAGUUCCACGAGUACCAGGAGAGCACGAUUGGAGCUGCCUUCCUAACACAGACGGUCUGCCUGGAUGACACAACGGUGAAGUUCGAAAUAUGGGACACGGCGGGACAGGAGCGGUAUCACAGCCUGGCGCCCAUGUAUUACCGAGGCGCCCAGGCGGCCAUCGUCGUCUACGACAUCACUAACACAGACACAUUUGUACGAGCCAAGAACUGGGUGAAAGAGUUGCAGAGGCAGGCUAGCCCCAAUAUUGUAAUUGCACUAGCAGGAAACAAGGCAGACCUUGCUACCAAGAGAGCUGUGGACUUCCAGGAUGCACAAACAUACGCAGAUGACAACAGCUUGCUGUUCAUGGAGACGUCGGCAAAGACAGCGAUGAAUGUGAAUGAAAUCUUCAUGGCAAUAGCCAAGAAACUGCCAAAAAAUGAACCCCAGAAUGCUCCUGGAGGGCCAGGUAGGAAUCGGGUGGUUGACCUUCAGGAGAGCAGUCAGCCGAGCAGGAGCCAGUGCUGCAGCAAUUGAGCAGCCGCCCCCGCCCGCCCGAGCCCUCCAACGACGUGACUGGAACCCACGCUAACAAUCGCACUUACCGUAGAGCGGCCGCCGCCGGGGGCUGCUGUGAUUUCUCCAUCCCUUUCUGAUCAUAGGCUGGAGGGGAGUUCUUCCACCUGCACCUUUCUGUACAAAUACUAAUUCAAUUCUAAGUCUUAAGUCACUUUUUUUAAUAUAUGAACUUCUGCUCUUCCCUCUUCCUGGUGGUGGUGGAUGCACGGCCUGGUGUCUGCCCAGCCAGCCCAUGGGUGGGGGCCAGCAGCACCCAGGUCCCACAGUACUGUAGUUCACUAUUGGAAACAAAGGGAUAUUGAGACUAGAAAACCUUGUUUAAAAUGACCCGUGUGUAAAAGCUGAGGCUCAUACCAGUAUGAUAUUGCCUAGAACAACCACUAAACUGUAGCAUUAUAGUGACAAACUCUGGCUUUUCAGCCACUUAUUGACCAAAUCAAUCAUGAGUAUUCUGGGGUGGGGCAGAGGGAAGCAAAACUGGUUUCUUCUGUAUUUUGUAUUGUAUGUUUCUUCAUGUAACCAAUCAGUAUCUUGUCAAUAUAGUACAUACAACUAGCUGCCUGUUGUCUUUAUUUGUGUUGGACUCUAGCAUGCCAACUCUUUUCUAUCUCCAGUUCUGUUGUAAUGCACUAAUCCUGUUGCAACUUUUGCAAAAAAAAAGAGAUCUUGUAUAGAAAAUUGUCCUUUUUUUGGAUGGUUGUGAUGCCACUAAUGUUGUUGACCCUGCUCUGGUGUGAACACACAUGGUUCCGAUGUACAGAGGUGGGGUGGGGGAAACCUCGGAUAACUUGCCAGUGGGAAACAAUAUGUAUUGCAAAAGCCUGUAAUUCCACAAAGUAUGAAGGGAGGUAUUAAAAUGGCUUCUGUUGCCAGACUGAUGUUGGCUGCUGCCUAGUGCCUAAUGCAAUGUCUUAUGCAUACUGGUAUUUAAGAGGAACUGUCAACUCUGGCGUUCAUCAUGAACUUCAGUUUUGUGUGAUAAACAAAGAAAAAUUUUUAUAAACCUAUCCUAAUCGACAA